GCUUUGCCUCGGAUGAUAUGGCCCCUCGGAUGUUAAAAAGUCAUAUUCCACAUCACAGCAGUCAACAAUGGUUAAAUUUCAACCAGAGACAUGUAUAACAUUUCUGUUGCAUUCUUUAGGUGGGUUUUAUUAUCCUUUGGACAAUUCAAGUGAAAUUAUACAAUGCAGCCAUGUAUUUCAUUCACGUGAUAUGUCACAUGAUGAAUAUCUGAUGUGGCCAACGCCUACUAUUUGACUAGUGUAGCCUAAAUUACUGAUGAAAGACAAACUGAGGGGGACUGUUGCAUCAGCGACAUCCGAAUCUGCUAUACGCCGUCAAAAGUUGCGAUCGACAUACCAGCUUCAACAUUGGACUCAAAGAAGCGAGAAUCAGCCAGCAGCUACCGGGCCGUCACGAUGAAUCUACCCGUGGCUCUCCGCACACUUGCGACCGUCGUUCUCGUACAGUUAAUUGUUGCUGAGAGUCAGUUGAGGACUUGCAGUUACUUCGGUCUGGCACCGGAGCCGCUUCCUGGUGAAUAUUGGAUGCAAGCAGCGUCUCGAGAACUACACCAACGAUGCCAAGGGACACGAAACUCGACUGAAGUCAGCGAUGGAGCCGAAGCCACGGUUGAGGUCGAGAUUUCGUCAACACCCUCAGCUCCCCGAUAUGCUGACUGCAGUGACAUCGUGGACAGCGGGAUGUCUAGGCUGGGUGUCUACACUAUCUACCCACUGCAAUAUCCCAACGGCUUGACCGUUUACUGCAGGGGGGAAUGGAUAGUGAUUCAGAAUCGUAAACGCGGGUCGGUCAAUUUCACCCGUAGCUGGGCCGAGUACCGAGACGGCUUCGGUGAUCUGACGGGGGAGUUCUGGCUGGGCAACGAGGUAGUCCGCCAGCUGACCUCGGAAGGCACUUGGAAACUACAGAUUAUAGUGGAAGAAGCAAAAGGCUUAAAGAGAAUAACCUGGACGCAGUUCAAGAUCACAGGUGACAACUACACACUACAUGUGGAUCCAUUGCAACCAGGGGAACUUCAUUACUCAAAAGGAAAGUCUCUCACUGACGUUUCCUUAGGCCAGCCGUUCUCAACCUACGAUCGCGACAUUGACGCCGAUGGCAACGCCAAUUGUGCCGCUCAGCUGAAGGGAGGCUGGUGGUUCAAGACUUGUACUGGAGGAGUCGGGAAUGUGGAUCUCGUGCCGACUAACCUGAAUGGGGAGUAUUCCUAUCCCGUCAACUACACGGGGCAAGAUUACCGCGGUAUGAGGUGGGCUGGUGCGCUUGAGUUUGGUGACCAAAUACUAUCUGCUUCACUGAAAAUCAUGGAAACCAUGACAGUUUAAAGGAUAAAAAAAAUUAAGCAACCGUUCUUCUACGUUUAUCAACUACCCU